AUAAUAAGCAAAAGAAAAUAACAAAAACAAAAACCUAAUAAAUAACCCAAGAGAUAAAAAAAACAACAAGUGCGUGCGUGCAUUUCUUUACAAAACAAAAACAAAAAGAAAAAUAACAAAAACCUCUGAUUUGUUGGCAUUUUGUUAGAAGAUUAACUAAAUAUUUACUGAUAUUUUCAUUAUUAUUGAUUACAAACGAAUACGAAUAAUUUUGUUUACAAUCUCAAGAACUUUUUCCAUGAAAAUAAUUUAACGAAAUCAUAAACCAUGGAACGUAGAGGACGCAUACCAGUGGCAAAAUUUCGUACACAGGAAGGUAAAACCCGCAGUCGCAGUAGAGUACGAGAGCCAGACUACAAUGAACAAGAUCCGGAAACAGAUUUAUUUACUCUACUUGAAGAUAAUAUAGCUUUAAAGGAAGAAAAUAAAGCUUUAAAAUUACAAUUGGAGGAUCAUAAAAAAAUACAAAAUGAGUUACUAGAAGAUAAUACCAAACUUUCCGACGAAUUGGAUUUGCUUAAGAAACAACAUUUAGAAUUGGAUGUGGAAAUCAAAGGCUUGACAGUUAAAUUCAAUAAAGUGCAAAAUGAGCGUAACGCUUUGGAUAAAUUGCAUAAAAUGAAAGUGGAAAAUAUUAAUGGACUACAACAAGAAUUGCAAUUACUACAAGAUCGUCAACAGAAUAUUUCCCACAAUGUCAAAUGUUCACACAGUUUAAAAUCGAAAAUUGUUAAAAUGCUUCCUCUACUUAGUGGCAAUAAUGAUAUGGAAAGCAUUAUAGAUGUGGAUACCACAAUGGCAACUCCACUGACCAGUGAUUUGGUAGAGAAAAUUGUUGAUGAAUUUUUAGUGUUGAAAAAUUCUAUGAAUUCAGUAGAGCUGCAAUUGUAUGAAGCCAAUGAAAAAAUAGCCGAACUAAUUGAAAAUCAACAUCAUUUGGAAGAAGAAAAUGAAACUUUACGUACUGAAAAUACAAAUCUCACUAAAGUAGCUAAACUUUUAACGGAAAACAUGAAAGAAAGUGUAGAGACUAGUAAAAAAAUGGAGUCUGCUUUAAUUAAGUUAAAACAACGUAAUGAUGAACUGACAGCUAAAACACGCGAUCUAACCGAUGGUCCCUCAUCCCGCACAUCAACACCAAUACCAACACCCUCACCCACCACCAUCAAAACAAAUGAAGAAUUUGAACAGAUUAAAGAUGAAGUUGAAACACAAAAUCGUGAUCAUAACGAACGUAUUGUUGAGAUGCAAUUCCUAAUGGAGGCGGCUAUAGAAAAAAAUACUAACGAUGAACUAAAAAAAUUUCAAUUAAAACUAUCCAUAUUGGAAGAAGAAUUACGCCAGGCUAUAGCAAGAGCCGAAACGGCUGAAAAGGAAUUAGAAAAAUACAAAAGUCAGGAGAAGACUAAAACAGAACGUAUUAACCCGCCUUUACUACCACCGCCUCCACCACCACCAAUGCCCGCUAAUUUGCUUUAUAAGGCAACUACCGCUUUUAAUGCUAAUACUACCACUUCCUUCAAUACUACUACUACUGCUACUACCAGUGCCACUCAUACAGCAGGCAUAUCGUCAUUACAUGACUCUACUUUUACCGACCGCAUAGCGCAGCAUAAUUUACAUAAAUCGAAUAAUAUUGGCGGUGGUCAGAAACUUAUUGAGACUGUUAAGCAACAAGUACAGCCAGAAGCAGCAACAGGUGUUGACGCUUUAGUACGUGAAUUGAAAUCUGGUCGUGUGACGUUAAGACGUAAUCGUCGUAAGACUCAAACCAACGAUGCUUUGCAGGAAAUGUUCCAAGUCUUGGAAAUUAGUCAAAAACAGAAUCGCAAUUCAAAAAUUUGUGUGGACAUGAAUUUUUAAAGAAAACCCACAGCAAUAGCAACAAUAACAAAUGAAUAACAGUAAUAACAUAAUAAGUUAUUAAAAAAAAUUAAUUCUAAAUUAAAAAAACUAAACUGCCUUAACCCUAUUAAAAAGGAUCAAAUUAUUUCUGUAUUAAUUUAGGUAUUUCUGCACUACUUAUUUUUUAUUAUUAUUUUUGUAAAAAAGCUCAAACAAAGGCCUUUGCCAAUUAUUAAUUAUACAUAUUUUUUAUAAACAAAUACAAACAUAUAAGAUAAUGCAUUAACUUCUUAUUUUCUUGGGAAAUAUUUCUACUUACUUUAUAAUGAAUAUGUAGAUUUUUAAGUUGUGUAUACCUAGGCAGCAUAUGUAUGUAUGCUGCCAAUAUUGAAAAUAUUGAAUAUUAUUUUACAGUUAUGCUUUUAAUUUACUAAUGAAACUUUUAGAAAUUUAUUUAAAAAGAACAUUUUUUUAAUCUUUUUGUAAAAAUAUUCCUAAAGUAAACAUUAGCAUUUUUGUAACUAUUUUGUAUCAACUAAGGAAGUAUUAAAUAAUAUUUAAAUUUAUUUAAUAAAUAUUUUUACAAUUUA